AUGGCCAUGUCCGCGAUCGUAGAAACAGUCAUGUCGCACUUAUUCUCUUCAACAAGCGGGAUGAUGUUGGUGGUACCACCACAGGCGGAGUCGGAGGGUAAUGAUCAUGAAGACAGAGCAAGGCGAGAUGAACAAGUAGUCGAAAAUAUUAUGAAGACAGCUCAAAUGCAUUUAGUUGUGGCAACUCUAUUAAUGACAGUGACCUUCACAGCUGGUUUCACACUGCCAGGAGGUUUUGAAAGCGAUACUAAUAGCCCUAACAAAGGGAUGGCAAUUCUAUUAAGGAGAACAGCAUUCCGUGCAUUUGCUGUUUCAAAUGCCAUCGCCUUUGCAUGCUCCUCUGGUGCUCUAUUUGCCUACUUUGCCAUGGCAGCAAAUGCAAUAUCAGCUGUAACGAAGUUAACAGUUAUUAUCCAGAUUUAUAAUAUGGCAAUUGCAUUGCAGAUUUCCGCAAUGGCAGCAGUUGUAGUUGCAAUUGCAACUGGUAUGUAUGUUACUUUAGAACAUUCAGUUGGUCUCGCUGUUACUGUCUGUUCCAUUGGCUGCAUCUCUUUCAUUGUUUUCUGCUUGUCUAUGAUUCUUCUUCCUAAAAAAAGUUAGCAAUGUAUUUGAUAUUCUUCCGAUAAAUUUAUGUUCUAAAGAUGCAACAAUGUGUUUGAUGUUGCAUAUAAUUUCCAGCUA